GCUCUGUUCAAGUCAACAAGGCGACGUACACGGGCAAGCUGCAAGAGAGGUCAGGGAACGGAAGCCAAGCGGAGGUGCGAAAGGCGGCAGUUAGCGCUUGAACGAAAGGAAGGUUCUCGAGGGCCAGUGAAAACGCUCGACAUGGCUGGCCGGGCUUCGACCUCCUCCCUCGAGUCUAACCUUACGCAGGUUGAACACACUUUUGGGACAGAAACUGACCACCGCUCAGGCUACUUUCAACCCCUCAUCACUCUUCUCUCCCCUAACGCGGAUGACGCUGAACGUUAUGCCCACCUAAACAGUCUUGCGAGAAAUAAUGCUGUUACUAUCGCCGCCACUUGCGCGGCGGUGACUAGCGUUGUGUGCGGGUUUCCUUUUGAUUCCAUCAAAACUCGUAUGCAAGCAUUCCGCUUCCCUUCGACGCUUGCUUGUGUGAAGACCACAUACAACAAUGAAGGAAUAGCAGGAUUUUUUCGUGGGGUUGUACCGGUUGCAGCUUCCAUCUCAGUAUUACGGUCCUUGUCGUUCUCUCUGUAUAAUAGUGGUAAACGCGAAGUACGCGCUCUUCUGCCGGAUGAUACGAGCCCGCUCAGCGCGCUUAUGGUGUCCAGUUCCGCGUCGGGGGCUUUUGCCGGAAGUGUAGUGGCCACUUUGAAUGCUCCAAUCGACUUUAUAAAGCUUCAAAAGCAGCUGGAACGAAUCGUAGCUACUAGUAAGCCUCACAUUUCACCUGAAAUGGUGGAAGAGGCGGUAGCUUCGUCGCCCACGGCAGCAGCCGGCUUAGGCGAAGGCGCAUCAGCAGCAGCGGCGGCGGCGGCGGCACAGGCGGUCGAGGCAUCGCGGGAAACCUCAAGGGGACCCACACCCCAUUCGUCACACAGUACCUCUACAGCUGCAACCCCGUCUUUGUCGCGCUCGCCACCAAUACCUAGGACUGGCGUGCCGCUGGCGAUGGUACCCACUUCUGCAAAGGAGUUCAAGACAAUGUCCACUUUGGAAUGGGCCAAGCGUAUCGUUGAGCUCAAAGGUCCUACCGGUCUUUACUCAGGCUAUUCGAUGCACCUCCUGCGGGAUGCCAUUGGAACCGCGAUGUAUUUUUGCGGAUACGAAACUUGCAAGUACCUCCUUACCUCUGAAGGCCAUCAAGCUGGCCCACUCACGCAUAUGAUGGCUGGUGGGCUCGCUGGAAGCCUAUCAUGGAUUGUCCUGUUCCCGAUCGAUAUCACGAAGUCCGUUUUGCAGCGAGAAGCAUUGAAUCAGAGCCCAAAAUACGUGCACGCUCUACAUUUUGUGCAGACACGUUGGGCAAAGCGCGGUUUGAGAGGGUUUUAUAAUGGAAUUGGCCCACAACUGAUACGAAGUUUCCCUGUGCACGCAAUCAACUUUCUUGUAUAUGAACAGGUACUUCAAUGGUGUAAGGGUCUAGGAGACAGAUGUAUUUAAGCAUAAUGGGUUAGAUCGGCUAGUGUAUAUAGGUUCGGGGUUGGGCCUCAUCUAAACCGCCAUAUAUUUAUUUGUUAAAAGCAGAGAUAAUUUCAAAUUGAUAAGGAAUAAAAUCGGUUCUAGCUCUUAGCAACCUUAUCC